UACCGAUGCCCGUUUCCUUUGCUCGGUGAGAAACUUUUGCGCUCUCGUUCUUCUCUUCACUUCCACUCUUUUUUUUUCAGCACCAACGCUGCUGGGCAGCCGGCCAUAUUGACACUACCGACUUUAAUACUCACCGUCGACUAAUACAUCUCCAUUAUGUUCUUCACACGCGCCCUAGUUGGCACUCUGCUUGCUGCUGGACACGCAACUGCUUUCAAGGGUCGUCAGGUGAACGCUCUUCUUCAGCCGGGUCUGGAUAUGGAGGAAGUACUUCGACGGGACGCAGGGCGCAUGGCCACCCUUACUCGACGACAAGACGCAAACCCUGCCGACACUGCGCCGCUGGCCUCAUUAACACCAUCGACUGGUGACGCAUCGAAUGUGAACCUGGCUCAAUGGGAGGAGCAGACAAGGACGGCGUGCAUGAGGACCCUAAGCAAUCUCAACGGCCAAGCAUCAAACCCAAGUGGAAUCGCCGUCUGCUACAACCUACCGUUCCUCGACAACACGACUGGUGUCUUCCAGGCCGAACUCCGAAUGUAUAAUGUCUCCGCUCCUAUUGAUCCAUGGGUUGGCGUCACUGCCGCCGACGUGAGCAUGACGCUAUCCUACCUUGGCGCAACCGUACAGAACAUGCAAGGCAACUUUGCGAAGCGAGAGGUUGUCGCAUCAAUCAGUGAAGGCAAGCUGGUUGAGAGACAGGACAUCAACGGCAUGACACAGUUGAAGGUCCUCAUGUACGUAGGAAGGAUCAACGAGAAUCUCAUGGGCUCAGCCAUGACCCAAGAAUCGCUGCAGCCUCUUCUCGUUCCACAGAUUGAUCUCGCUGCCAGGAACCCUGUCACUGGCCGGGACGUCGAGACUACGCUUUCAUCUCAAGAAGCGUCAUUCGUCAACGGUAUCUUUUCUCGCGCCGGCAAUGCCCCUACCAACGCCGAUCCUCAAGCGGCCGCAUCCGCAUCUGCCGCCGUCGCCUCUGCUGCGCCAUUCGUCGUUCCCGGAACCGCCUUGGCCUUCUUCCCCAUCGGCCUCGUCGUCACUUCAGUCUGGGCCUUCUUCUUUUUCCUCGCUGUCGGCUUCGGAACAUACGGCCGAAUCCAAUACCGCGACCAAUACAGGAGGCGUGUAAGAGCUGAGUUGGCUCGUGGUGUCCGUACCAUUUAAUCCAACCUACUCAUCUCUCUCUUCCUCCACAAACCCCCUCAACCUUUCCCUAAAUUGAAAAUUUCGUUAUAUUUUUUCAUGUUUAAACCCAAAGGUUUUUAUCCACCAGGAAUAAAAAAAGGGUUUAAGCUACUAUGAAGAUUACGUUCGCUUGGAUACCCCUUCCACUUUAUACAUAUUUGUACAUAAUUUUGGUUAGGGCGUGUGUGUGGUGUAGCGGGUCGUUUAUCUCUCUCAUCCCUACUAAUCACUCUACUCCUCCUUACUCCUCCUCCUUUCCAUUUUUCCUUUUCUCCGUAUCCUCCCCCCAUCCUGGCGAUGAGAGUUCCCCCCUCCCCCCAAAAUAUAAAAAAGAAAACAUUAUAUAAGAAAGAGAGAGAUAUCUUCAAAAC